GCGUGGGGCGCGGGAACCCGAGCAGGUUCGGGAGACGGAAUGAAGGGCCGGGUGGGCUCGCGAGGGGCCAGGGAGUCCGCGGGGAGCGAGGGAGUUUUCGAGGGGCGGGUCGUGUUCCUGGCAGCGUCCCUCCAGGGCAGGCCCGCCCCCUUUGUCCCAGUUCCCCGCUGCCCGGGCUGGGGCGGCCGGGGUUCAUUCAUUCCCGGCCUGGGGACUCCUAGCUCGGCCUCGCUCCGCGCAACAGCCCAAAGCCCAGCCUGAGACCCAGCCGCCCUCGAGUGCCCACGGCCUAGCUCCCCUUCCCUCCAGCAGACAGACUGGGAAAACCGAGUGGGCGACGGCUGAGCAAGGACUCUCCAGUCCUCAGUCACCUUGGACAAAGAAGUGUGGAUCCUGAGAUUCCAUCUUUUCCAACUCCAAGGUGCCAUGGCAGAGAAGGUGCUGGUAACAGGUGGGGCUGGCUACAUUGGCAGCCACACGGUGCUGGAGCUGCUGGAGGCUGGCUACUUGCCUGUGGUCAUCGAUAACUUCCAUAAUGCCUUCCGUGGAGGGGGCUCCCUGCCUGAGAGCCUGCGGCGGGUCCAGGAGCUGACAGGCCGCUCUGUGGAGUUUGAGGAGAUGGACAUUUUGGACCAGGGAGCCCUACAGCGUCUCUUCAAAAAGCACAGCUUUAUGGCGGUCAUCCACUUUGCGGGGCUCAAGGCCGUGGGCGAGUCGGUGCAGAAGCCUCUGGAUUAUUACAGAGUUAACCUGACCGGGACCAUCCAGCUUCUGGAGAUCAUGAAGGCCCACGGGGUGAAGAACCUGGUGUUCAGCAGCUCAGCCACUGUGUACGGGAACCCCCAGUACCUGCCCCUGGACGAGGCCCACCCCACGGGUGGUUGUACCAACCCUUACGGCAAGUCCAAGUUCUUCAUCGAGGAAAUGAUCCGGGACCUGUGCCAGGCAGACAAGACUUGGAACGCAGUGCUGCUGCGCUAUUUCAACCCCACAGGUGCCCAUGCCUCUGGCUGCAUCGGUGAGGAUCCCCAGGGCAUACCCAACAACCUCAUGCCUUAUGUCUCCCAGGUGGCGAUCGGGCGACGGGAGGCCCUGAAUGUCUUUGGCAAUGACUAUGACACAGAGGAUGGCACAGGUGUCCGGGAUUACAUCCAUGUCGUGGAUCUGGCCAAGGGCCACAUUGCAGCCUUAAGGAAGCUGAAAGAACAGUGUGGCUGCCGGAUCUACAACCUGGGCACGGGCACAGGCUAUUCAGUGCUGCAGAUGGUCCAGGCUAUGGAGAAGGCCUCUGGGAAGAAGAUCCCGUACAAGGUGGUGGCACGGCGGGAAGGUGAUGUGGCAGCCUGUUACGCCAACCCCAGCCUGGCCCAAGAGGAGCUGGGGUGGACAGCAGCCUUAGGGCUGGACAGGAUGUGUGAGGAUCUCUGGCGCUGGCAGAAGCAGAAUCCUUCAGGCUUUGGCACACAAGCCUGAGGACCCUCCCCUACCAAGGACCAGGAAAAGCGCAGCUGCCUGCUCUCCAGCCUCUGGCAGGAACUCAGGGCCCUGGAGCUGCUGGGGCCAAGCCAAGGCCUCCCCUACCUCAAACACCAGCUGGGCCCGCUCAGCCCACCAGGCAUGAGGCCAAGGGCUCCACUGACCAGGAGACCGAGGUCUCUAACUCUUAUCUUCCACAGGGUCCAAGAGUUCAUCAGGACCCCCAAGAGUGAGUGAGGGGGCAAGGCUCUGGCACAAAACCUCCUCCUCCCAGGCACUCAUUUAUAUUGCUCUGAAAGAGCUUUCCAAAGUAUUUAAAAAUAAAAACAAGUUUUCUUA